AUGAAUGCGAAAUUAUGCGAUAAAUGCUUCGUCAUCCCGUUUAACGAUCAGCUGCUCGAGCCUCAUGUUGUGAAGGAAGUUGUAGGGCAAGAUGGGGAAUUCUCAACUUUAAGCCUGUCGCCUAGCGCGUAUCAGAAGAUUCUCCUUGACUACCACGUCAUUGAUACAUUACCAGAGCUACCGUUGUUGAAUGAGAGCGCAAAUCUGGGAUGUAGCUUUUGUUCACUCCUACGGCAUGAAAUUCUCCGGGCAGGGUUUGACUAUCAUGGUCCCUUGGAUAUACGACUUGCGUAUUCCUGGGGGGACGAUCGCUUCCCAAAGCUUGGACUUGGAGUUUUGGUAGCAGAGUUGAACUGGCGUCCCGAUAUCCCGUCUAUCCCACCAGCUUCCGCCCUGCCUGAUAUAUUACGUGACUGCAUCAUAUUCGCCCUUGAGACCAAUGACACGUCCGUUGCCUCCUGGCUACGUAUUCCUCGACUUCGGAAAGCAGAUGUGCUCUGUGAAGAGAAUGUUCAGUUCAUGAAGGAAGCCAUCAACAAAUGCACGUCAGAGUGUUCUCACCGCGAGACGACUGAUUUCCUUCCAACUCGUCUUCUAUAUCUCGGAUCAGACCUGGAUUCCCACACUAUACGACUUAGAAGCCGCCAAGAUACAGCCGAAGGUUCUUGUGAUGGUGAAAGUCGCCUAAAAUACGCUGCUUUGAGCUACUGCUGGGGUUCGCAAAGCGAUGGGGAAAAUCAACUAUGCACCACAUCCGACAGCCUGGAGGCAAGGAUGGCCGGCAUUAAUGAAAACUCGAUGCAUCCUGUUCUCCGGGAUGCGGUCAAGGUCUGUAGAGCACUAUCGAUUGAUUAUCUGUGGGUCGAUUCUAUGUGCAUCAUACAAGACGACCUCCCUGACUGGGAGAGUGAGAGUGAAUCGAUGGCUUUUAUUUACAGCCACGCUCUGAUCACAAUUUGCGCUUUGAGUUCAAACUCUGGAUUUGAGAGCUUUUUGACGCGAGACCGGAGACAUAUCCCGAUCUCGUUCUCCUCCCAGAUAAACCCCAGCAUUGUUGGCCAGUACAGCCUGGUCGCGUCGGGUACUUGCCGUGACAAGGUACUCUUUGGCUGGCCGGCCCUGGAUGUGGACCAUUUUCGAUGGGACAGCCGAGGGUGGACUCUCCAAGAGUCCUUAAUGUCUCCAAGAAAGUUGUUCUUUGGAGAAUCGAUGAUACACUUCCAGUGCGACCAUAUCUAUGCCUCUGAAACUGGAUACUACCAAUCAUACUUUGAUAAAUACGGUGAAUUCAACUCUGAAUCAGAACACUAUUUAGUGCGUACUAACGAAUGGGACUUGUUACUGUCCGAUUACGGAACACGAAAGUAUACCAAUGUUAGAGACAUGUUACCGGGAUUGUCCGGGAUGGCCAAGUACGUGUCGAAGAUACGGAGCGCUCGAUAUCUCGCGGGGUUGUGGGAGAGCGACUUGCCAUACUCAUUAAUGUGGUUUCCCUGGUGCCGCAAAAACACCGAGAAUCACAUAUUCCUGGAUGAGCUCGUCGAUCGAUUAUGCUGCCCGAACCCAUAUAUUGCACCAUCGUGGAGCUGCAUCAGGCCACUUGGGGGGGUCCGUAUUGAGUUUGGGUUGAGAUUUGUACGACCAGGAUUUUGGAGGGAACUAUUGACAGCGGAAGCAUGCAUUACUGAGACACGAAUCACUCCAAAGGGGGAAAACAUCUUUGGAGAAAUCCAAGAUGGAGUGAUGCGAAUACGGGGGCGAGUAGCAAAUGUGCCCGCCGACAUUAUCCCCCUUUACUGUCACCAAAUUUACGCGAGGUUAUGGCAUAUUCAAGUCCAAGGUCGCAUCAUCGCUUACUGCAACAUUGAUUGUGUACCGAAAGAAGAGGUGGUUUCUGGAAGCGAGCUGUUAAUGCUGAUGCUCAUGAGCUCUAAAGGAUCUCCCUCUUGGGAAGCUAUGAUCCAACAAUGGAACCGCUAUGACGAUGGUGAGGGCUCAGCUCCUAGCUCAGAACUUGAGGACAGCGAUGAAGGAGAAAACGGCAGCCAUGAAGUAGAAAACGAAAGCAACGAAGGGGAAACCGACAGUGAGGGUGGCGUGCUGCCUCCUUCAUUCUCUCGUGGCUCUAGAAAAGGUUCUCCAACCUCGCAUGGUAGGAACGUGUACGGCCUUCUCUUGCAUCCGGCUCGUGAAUCGGGGAGAUUUGUCCGCGUGGGCGUCUGGGCGUCUGUUGCAGGAGAUGGUGUAGGAAUGAGUUACUUUGAGCAAUUUGACCACAGAGAAGUUGAGAUCAUUUGA